AUGGUUCCAAGGGACAUGGCUCUGACCUUCUUAUUUAUCAUUCAGAGGGUGGAUAUAGGAGAUGCAAAAAAUGAAGACAAUAUUCUCAGCAUUCCUGGUACUUAUCUUGAUAUAUCGGACAAAUGCAGAAACAAAUAUGACGUUUCUUAUUCAGCUACAAUUGAUUCUUCAUGCCCUGGAGGAGGAACCAGCGGAGACAUCUGUAAUAUAGAAAACAGCGAGUGUGUUGAUUCUGUUUGCAAAUGUGUAACGGGCUAUGCUGCCAACGCGGGAAAGGAGCUGUGUAUCGAAGUUACAAUUGAUUCUGCAUGCCCUGGAGGAGGAACCAGCGGCGACAUCUGUAAUAUAGAAAACAGCGAGUGUGUUGAUUCCGUUUGCAAAUGUGUAACCGGUUUUGCUGCCAACGCGGAAAAGAAGCUGUGCAAUGAAAUUACAAUUGAUACUGCAUGCCCUGGAGGAGGAACCAGCGGCGACAUCUGUAAUAUAGAAAACAGCGAGUGUGUUGAUUCUGUUUGCAAAUGUGUAACCGGUUUUGCUGCCAACGCGGAAAAGAAGCUGUGUAUCGAAGUUACAAUUGAUUCUUCAUGCCCAGGAGGAGGAACCAGCGGCGACAUCUGUAAUAUAGAAAACAGCGAGUGUGUUGAUUCUGUUUGCAAAUGUGUAACCGGUUUUGCUGCCAACGCGGAAAAGAAGCUGUGCAAUGAAGUUAACAUUGAUUCUGCAUGCCCUGGAGGAGGAACCAGCGGAGACAUCUGUAAUAUAGAAAACAGCGAGUGUGUUGAAUCUGUUUGCAAAUGUGUAACGGGCUAUGCUGCCAACGCGGAAAAGAAGCUGUGUAUCGAAGUUACAAUUGAUUCUUCAUGUCCUGGAGGAGGAACCAGUGGCGACAUCUGUUACAUAGAAAACAGCGAGUGUGUUGAUUCUGUUUGCAAAUGUGUAACCGGUUUUGCUGCCAACGCGGAAAAGAAGCUGUGCAAUGAAGUUAACAUUGAUUCUGCAUGCCCUGGAGGAGGAACCAGCGAAGACAUCUGUAAUAUAGAAAACAGCGAGUGUGUUGAUUCUGUUUGCAAAUGUGUAACGGGCUAUGCUGCCGACGCGGAAAGGAAGCUAUGUAUCGAAGUUACAAUUGAUUCUGCAUGCCCUGGAGGAGGAACCAGCGGCGACAUCUGUAAUAUAGAAAACAGCGAGUGUGUUGAUUCUGUUUGCAAAUGUGUAACCGGUUUUGCUGCCAACGCGGAAAAGAAGCUGUGCAAUGAAGUUAACAUUGAUUCUGCAUGCCCUGGAGGAGGAACCAGCGGAGACAUCUGUAAUAUAGAAAACAGCGAGUGUGUUGAAUCUGUUUGCAAAUGUGUAACGGGCUAUGCUGCCAUCGCGGAAAAGAAGCUGUGUAUCGAAUUUACAAUUGAUUCUGCAUGCCCUGGAGGAGGAACCAGCGGCGACAUCUGUAAUAUAGAAAACAGCGAGUGUGUUGAAUCUGUUUGCAAAUGUUUAACGGGCUAUGCUGCCAACGCGGAAAAGAAGCUGUGUAUCGAAGUUACAAUUGAUUCUGCAUGCCCUGGAGGAGGAACCAGCGGCGACAUCUGUAAUAUAGAAAACAGCGAGUGUGUUGAUUCCGUUUGCAAAUGUGUAACCGGUUUUGCUGCCAAUGCGGAAAAGAAGCUGUGCAAUGAAAUUAACAUUGAUUCUGCAUGCCCUGGAGGAGGAAGCAGCGGAGACAUCUGUAAUAUAGAAAACAGCGAGUGUGUUGAAUCUGUUUGCAAAUGUGUAACGGGCUAUGCUGCCAACGCGGAAAAGAAGCUGUGUAUCGAAGUUACAAUUUAUACUGCAUGCCCUGGAGGAGGAACCAGCGGCGACAUCUGUAAUAUAGAAAACAGCGAGUGUGUUGAUUCUGUUUGCAAAUGUGUAACCGGUUUUGCUGCCAACGUGGAAAAGAAGCUGUGUAUCGAAGUUACAAUUGAUUCUGCAUGCCCUGGAGAAGGAACCAGCGGCGACAUCUGUAAUAUAAAAAACAGCGAGUGUGUUGAUUCUGUUUGCAAAUGUGUAACCGGUUUUGCUGCCAACGCGGAAAAGAAUCUGUGCAAUGAAGUUAACAUUGAUUCUGCAUGCCCUGGAGGAGGAACCAGCGGAGACAUCUGUAAUAUAGAAAACAGCGAGUGUGUUGAAUCUGUUUGCAAAUGUGUAACCGGUUUUGCUGCCAACGCGGAAAAGAAGCUGUGCAAUGAAGUUAACAUUGAUUCUGCAUGCCCUGGAGGAGGAACCAGUGGAGACAUCUGUAAUGUAGAAAACAGCGAGUGUGUUGAAUCUGUUUGCAAAUGUGUAACGGGCUAUGCUGCCAACGGGGAAAAGAAGCUGUGUAUCGAAGUUACAAUUGAUACUGCAUGCCCUGGAGGAGGAACCAGCGGCGACAUCUGUAAUAUAGAAAACAGCGAGUGUGUUGAUUCUGUUUGCAAAUGUGUAACCGGUUUUGCUUCCAACGCGGAAAAGAAGCUGUGUAUCGAAGUUACAAUUGAUUCUUCAUGCCCUGGAGGAGGAACCAGCGGCGACAUCUGUAAUAUAGAAAACAGCGAGUGUGUUGAUUCUGUUUGCAAAUGUGUAACCGGUUUUGCUGCCAACGCGGAAAAGAAGCUGUGCAAUGAAGUUAACAUUGAUUCUGCAUGCCCUGGAGGAGGAACCAGCGGAGACAUCUGUAAUAUAGAAAACAGCGAGUGUGUUGAAUCUGUUUGCAAAUGUGUAACGGGCUAUGCUGCCAACGCGGAAAAGAAGCUGUGUAUCGAAGUUACAAUUGAUUCUUCAUGUCCUGGAGGAGGAACCAGUGGCGACAUCUGUUACAUAGAAAACAGCGAGUGUGUUGAUUCUGUUUGCAAAUGUGUAACCGGUUUUGCUGCCAACGCGGAAAAGAAGCUGUGCAAUGAAGUUAACAUUGAUUCUGCAUGCCCUGGAGGAGGAACCAGCGAAGACAUCUGUAAUAUAGAAAACAGCGAGUGUGUUGAUUCUGUUUGCAAAUGUGUAACGGGCUAUGCUGCCAACGCGGAAAAGAAGCUAUGUAUCGAAGUUACAAUUGAUUCUGCAUGCCCUGGAGGAGGAACCAGCGGCGACAUCUGUAAUAUAGAAAACAGCGAGUGUGUUGAUUCUGUUUGCAAAUGUUUAACGGGCUAUGCUGCCAACGCGGAAAAGAAGCUGUGUAUCGAAGUUACAAUUGAUUCUGCAUGCCCUGGAGGAGGAACCAGCGGCGACAUCUGUAAUAUAGAAAACAGCGAGUGUGUUGAUUCCGUUUGCAAAUGUGUAACCGGUUUUGCUGCCAACGCGGAAAAGAAGCUGUGCAAUGAAAUUAACAUUGAUUCUGCAUGCCCUGGAGGAGGAACCAGCGGAGACAUCUGUAAUAUAGAAAACAGCGAGUGUGUUGAAUCUGUUUGCAAAUGUGUAACGGGCUAUGCUGCCAACGCGGAAAAGAAGCUGUGUAUCGAAGUUACAAUUGAUACUGCAUGCCCUGGAGGAGGAACCAGCGGCGACAUCUGUAAUAUAGAAAACAGCGAGUGUGUUGAUUCUGUUUGCAAAUGUGUAACCGGUUUUGCUGCCAACGUGGAAAAGAAGCUGUGUAUCGAAGUUAACAUUGAUUCUGCAUGCCCUGGAGGAGGAACCAGCGGAGACAUCUGUAAUAUAGAAAACAGCGAGUGUGUUGAAUCUGUUUGCAAAUGUGUAACGGGCUAUGAUGCCAACGCGGAAAAGAAGCUGUGUAUCGAAG